AUGUGGGUUGAGUUUUUAGAAUUGUCUGUUCAUGGAUCCUACCUUUACUCACUUGUUGCUAGUUGGAAUAUUUUUAUUAUAAUUGACCUUGCUCUAUUUUUUUUUACUGUACACUGCCCUCAAGCCGUUGGGAGACACAAUCCCUUGGGAGACAGGGUGCUUGUUGUAGCCAAGACAGCAGCGCAGAAGACCACAGGUGGUAUUCAGUCGCCUUCUACCGCUCAGACUAAGCCACAAGGAAGUGAGAUCCUUGCUAUUGAGAAGGGUAAGACCGUCGGAAAGGCCCAAGUCGAUGUUAGUGUGAAGACUGGUGCUCAAAUCAUUUACUCCAAAUAUGUCGGAACUGAAGUGGACUUGAAUGGAGUAAGCCAUCUUUUAUUGAAUAACGAUGGCAUUGUUGGUAUUCUCGAGACCGAAGAUGUCAAGGAUUUUAAGCCCCUGAGCGAACGCGUGUUAAUUAACGUUGAGGAGGCCGAGAAGGAAACUGCUGGUGGGUUACUUCUAACAGAGGAUAGCAAGGAGAAGCCCUCCAUUGGAACGAUAAAAGGUCCUUCAUUUCAUAGUUUACAAACACGAAUGCAACACCUGAAAAACAAAUCAAGCCAUCAAAGAAUUUCAAACGGAGCUACAAAAAGCUGUGGAGGAGAAGAAAGUGGGGAGAAGCAAUAA